CGAUCACAGCCGUUAAUUGACACUUUGCGUCCCCAAAACGCCCUCCCGAACCCCAUGUAUUUACAUACCACUGCCCCUUUACCGCGAUGCCCUCAACGACCUGUCAUGCAAAAAAGCACACGGAUUCCGAGGAUUUCAGAGAAAGGAAAAAAAAAAGCUUUCUCUAGAUUUCUCCGCUUCUCCGUCGCUUUCUCCCACUGACUCACUCACUCAGAUUCUCUCUCCUCUUCCACUCUCUCUCUUUCUUUUCACUACACUCACUCCAACGCCCACUGUAUAAUUCGAGCAUCCCCACAUAGCCUUUCGGCUUAUCUUUUUGGUCGGAAAAAGGUCUUCCGGAAUCCGAGCUCCGAUCAUCCUUCUCUCUAUAGAGCUUCAGGCGGGUCAACGUUGCUUGCCUUGGUCAACAUGUUUGAAUAGCAGCUGUUCUUCCCAACAAUAUUUUACUGGUGACUGGUUCUGGUAAUCUUUUGCGAGAUUCAGAUAGCAAUUGGCUCAUGAGGAUGAAGAGGAAAAGACAUCUGUAUCGGGCUAAGCAUCCGUUCGAUGCUAAUCCUUUUGAGGCUCUUUGCUGUGGUUCGUGGCAACCUGUGGAAGUUCUGAGCAUCAGGCGUGGUAAGAUGACCAUGAGCUUCGGAAACAAUCAUCCCUGUAUAAUCAGGGACAAAGGUCCAUUCGCGAACCUACGAGUCAGGUCCAGACAUGCAAAUAUGUAUGAUUGCACCUGCUUUCUGAGGCCGGGUGUUGAUAUUUGUGUGCUGUCAACCCCUGAACAUACAGAUGAUUCAGAAGAAGGCAGUCGAGAUCCAGUGAUGGUUGAUGCUCGAAUAAGCUCAAUCGAAAGGGUGCCGCAUGAGUCUGAUCGGUGCUCAUGCCAAUUCUAUGUGAACUUUUAUGUGAACCAAGGACCUCUUGGUACCGAGAGAGCGACACUGAACAAGGAAGCCAAACUGGUUGGAAUUGAUGAAAUUUUCGUCUUCCAAAUGAUUGACCGGGAUGCUUAUGAGAAUCAACCCUACCGUUGGGAGUGCUCUGCGGACUGCCCAACACUACCAAGAACAAAAUUGCUCUUGGGGACGUUCUUAUCCGAUGUUUCAUGGUUACUUGUGGCGUCCGUGAUGAAGAGGGUUAUAUUUGAUAUCAGAUCAGUGAAGACCAAAAUCGUGUACCAGAUUUUGGAAGGCGACAAUGACCGAACUCUGUUACAUUCUGACAACUACUUGCAUGCCGUAAAUUUCAAAGUAGACAAUGGGCUCCUCGUACCUAUGGUAGUCGAAUUUGUUCCAGAUGAUGCUACCGAGGCUGAUCCUACUCCUGAAAUGGAUGAAAGCGUACCCUCACCAUCUACUGAGCUUGUUGGCCUGCGUCGUUCCAAGCGUCGAAUUAUACAACCUGAGCGUUUCCUUGCCUGUGAUGCUCCAUCAGAGAUAGAGAUUGGCUAUGUUCGAAGCAGGCCAUAUAAGGUAGAUUACAGCUCAGAAGAUGAUGAAUUGUAUAUACCGUUAUCACAGCUGUUUGCCAAACAUGCAAGUCAUUCAGAAGAGCACACCGAGGCAGAACAAAAGUUCCGUCCUAAGAAGUUGAAGUCCAGUAAGGAUGACAAUUAUUGGAAAACUGAGGAAGAACUUGCUUGCAAAAGCGAUGAUGAUGACGACGUUGAAUACAAAAUCAAGACCAAGUCGAAGAAGGUGAAAUCAGGUGCGGGUAAGCAGAAGAGACAUCGAGAUGAACUUGCCCUUGUUGAAUACAGAAGAGACCCUUUAACCCUUGGACAUGGUCAUCGGAAUGUCAACAGUACUCCUGAAAAGGGUGCAAACGAGAGCGAUGAGUUUCCAGCGAAGUACUAUUACCAUCACAAUCGUAAAACAAAGAGAAAGAAUAAUUCUGACUUAGAUGAUAUGGACUUCCAAAUGAAAUGGGAUGGAAAAGUGUCGACUAGCAGAGCUAGCAGAGUUUUAUACAGAAGGCAUCACUCUAUUCGUUCGAAAAGGGACCCUAACGGAAGAACUUACCCAAGGAGGAGCUUAAAUACUGGUGCAUACAAGGAACUGAUAAAUUCAUUCUUGAAAGACAUGGACUGCACAAAUAAGCCAGACGCAAAUAUUAUGGACCAGUGGAACGAAUUCAAGGCCGCAAAGAACUCUGACCAACGGAAGGAAACUGAAAUGCCAGAAAAUGACGAUGAAGAGGAGGAAAUGUCCGAGACUGAGAUGCUGUGGAAAGAAAUGGAAUUGGCAUUGGCAUCAGCUUACCUUCAAGAUAAUGAGGGAUCAAAUGCUGCUGCGGCAAAUGCAAGUCCACCAAAGUCAGACUCAGCUUGCCGACAUGAAUUUAAAUUAAACGAAGAAAUUGGGAUUAUAUGCAGCAUAUGUGGUUUUGUCAGCACUGAAAUAAGAGAUGUAUCUCCCCCCUUUGUGCAAAAUGCCAGUGUGGACACAUAUGAUAGAAAGAGUAAUGUAGAAGAACCCGACAAUAAGCGAGCUGAGUACGAAGAAUUCAAUUUCUUCCACACUCGCACUACUCCGGAUGAUCCUGAGACUUUGUCGGAAGAAAGUGACAAUGUUUGGGCCCUAAUUCCGGAACUCAGAAAGAAAUUUAUUCACCAGAAAAAGGCCUUUGAGUUUCUAUGGAAAAAUGUUGCAGGAUCUUUGGAACCGUCACUCAUGGAACGAAAAGCCAAGAAAACCGGUGGUUGCGUUAUAUCUCAUACCCCUGGAGCCGGGAAAACUUUUCUAAUCAUUGCAUUUCUUACUAGCUACCUUAAGUUAUUCCCGGGGAAACGGCCUCUCGUCCUUGCUCCCAAGACAACACUCUAUACCUGGUACAAAGAAUUUAUCAAAUGGCAGAUUCCUAUACCUGUGUAUCUGAUUCACGGUCGAAGAACCUACAGAGUGUUCAAGAAGAAGACCAUAAACUUUACAGGAGGCCCGAAGCCAACCGAUGAUGUGAUGCAUGUGUUGGAUUGCCUGGAAAAAAUACAGAAGUGGCAUGCACAGCCUAGUGUUCUUGUCAUGGGUUAUACCUCAUUCCUGACGCUGAUGCGCGAAGACUCGAAGUUUGUGCACAGAAAAUUUAUGGCGCAAGUUCUGCGUGAGAGUCCAGGUCUUGUAGUUCUAGAUGAAGGGCACAAUCCGAGAAGUACUAAAUCCAGGCUGAGGAAGGGACUGAUGAAAGUUGAAACGGACUUGAGAAUAUUGCUUUCGGGAACUCUUUUUCAGAACAACUUCUGCGAAUACUUCAACACCCUCUGCUUGGCAAGGCCAAAGUUUGUGAAUGAAGUUUUAAGGGCGUUGGACCCAAAAUACAGAAGGAUAAAGAAAGGGAAGGAAAAAGCGCGCCAUUUGAUGGAAGCCCGAGCACGAAAGUUGUUCUUGGAUAAGAUUGCCAAGAAGAUUGAUUCCAAUGAAGAAGAAGAUCAGAGGAUCCAAGGUCUAAAUCAAUUGAGGCAUAUAACAAAUGGGUUCAUUGAUGUGUAUGAAGGUGGAAAUUCAGACACCCUUCCUGGUCUACAGAUUUACACCUUGUUGAUGAACACUACCGACAUACAACGAGAUAUGUUGGACAGACUGCAAAACAUAAUGGCUAACUACAAGGGGUAUCCUCUGGAACUUGAACUUCUGAUAACCCUUGGAUCGAUACAUCCAUGGUUAAUCACGACUGCUUGCUGCGCCGGGAAGUUUUUUCGUCCUGAGGAACUGAUGGAGCUUGAGCAGUACAAGUAUGAUCUGCACAAAGGGUCAAAAGUCAAGUUUGUUUUGAACCUUGUUUACCAAGUUGUCAGGAAUGAGAAGGUUUUGAUUUUCUGUCACAACAUUGCACCGGUGAGGCUAUUUCUCGAACUGUUUGAAAGGGUGUUCGGGUGGCAGAGAGGCAGAGAAGUUUUGGUUCUCACAGGGGAUUUGGAGCUUUUCGACCGAGGAAAGGUGAUGGACAAAUUUGAAGAGCCCGGCGGAGCCUCGAGGGUCCUGCUUGCAUCGAUCACAGCUUGCGCCGAGGGAAUCAGCUUGACAGCAGCUUCUCGGGUCAUCUUGUUGGACUCCGAAUGGAACCCUUCUAAGACAAAGCAGGCGAUUGCACGCGCAUUUCGGCCUGGACAGCAGAAGGUGGUGUAUGUGUAUCAGCUCUUGGCAACCGGAACUCUUGAAGAAGACAAGUAUGGCAGGACAACUUGGAAGGAGUGGGUGUCAAGCAUGAUUUUCAGUGAGGCAUUCGUGGAGGACCCAUCACGCUGGCAGGCAGAGAAGAUCGAAGACGAUGUGCUGAGAGAGAUGGUGGCAGAGGACAAGAGCAAGUCGUUCCAUAUGAUCAUGAAAAAUGAAAAGGCUUCAACUGUGGUGAGAGGUAAGGACUAAGCCUUCGAUUUUCGAAACGAUCAGAAGAGAAAGGGUGAAGCUAGCUCUUCAUUUGAACUUUGAAUAAUUUGAACUGUUGUAACAAUAGGCAUGCAUUGUGAUGCAACCAUCAAUGCAUGUAUGGAACUUGAGGUUUUCAUUUUAUGUCCAGCUAAUGUUGCAAAACUCUGGACAUUGGUUUUUAUUUUAUGGUCUCAACUGGUUUAUGUUUAAGAUGAUCGACUGGUUCAUGUUUA